UUUUGAAUUUUUCAUUUACCUGAUUCUUCCACUCUUCAAACCGAGCUUCCCACGAUCACCAUUAUCAAGCCCUAACCAAUUUCUUCUUCCCACGAUCACCUUCUCCAAGCCCUCACCCACGUUUUCCUCAACCUACAUUGUCAUCCUCCUCUAUAUUUUCUCUAUAUAAAUGGCAACCACUAGAAGUGGUUCGAAAUCACCAUCUCCGGCGAAGAAAGUUUCUAAAAAAUCGAAGAAGGCUCCAACUGUUACUUCCAAAGUCGAACCUAAGAUGGGGUUAAAAAAAAUUGCUAAAAAUUUAGUGGCUGAUGUUCCAGAGACAUCGGGCACUAAGAAAAGAGCCCCUCCUGUUAAAGUAGAUGCUCCUAAGACUAAGAGAGCAAAAAUUUCCAAGUCUGCACGCGAUGUUUCCUCAGAUUCUGAUUUUGAGGAUGAAGUGCAUGGUGAGGACCAAAAGCCCAAAGUUGAAUCAAAGGUCCAUGCUAGGACCUCAGUGAAGGUUGAAGGAUUUGACCUACCAAAGAAAAAUCCCCCUAAGGAAUGGGAUUAUAUUUAUGACCAGAAGAAUCUAUUCAUUGCUAAAGCCUUUUCCACUGCUACUUUCCAGGUGAUAGAGAACAUUAAGUCUUGUCUUUCAGAUGUACAGCUUGAAAUGUUUUCAAAAACCUGUUUUGGUCAUUUCCUUAACCUUCCCGAUUUUAAAGUUCAACCCCAAGUGUUUCAUGGGUUGUUGCUCCGGGAGGUUCAGCAACCUAAUGAUGCUGAGUUGUGGGUAAUGAUACGCGGUGUUAGGCUUAGGUUUAGCAUUGAGGAAUUUGCAUUGAUUACUGGAUUAGACUGUGAAGGUGACUGUAGUGUCUUAGAUUUUAAGCAAGAGGUUAAUAGUCUUUGUGAAAGAUAUUGGCCAACUUCGUCCUCUAUCACUAAGGAAUCUGUUAGGGAAUGUUUUACCACCAAGAGGUGGGGUGAUUCUGAUGAGGAUGCUGUGAAGUUGGCAGUUUUGUAUUUCGUGGAGUGGUUCUUGCUUAGUGGCACUAAGCAUAAAAAUGUACCCAAGUCUAUUUUAGAUGUUGUAGAUAGUGGGAGGUACAAUGAAUUUGCUUGGGGCCGGAGUUCUUUUGAAUUGACUAUUUCCUCAUUGAAGGGUAAGCUUGAUAGUUGGGUUGAGGGGGUUAGGAAGGCAAGGAGUUCGGGAAAGAGGCCGAGUGUUUUUUACACUUUGAUUGGUUGUCCUCAUGUUCUUCAAGUUUGGUUCUACGAGUGUUGUAAGUACAUGAAAGGUAUGUACUGCCAAAAGGAAAGCUCUCGUAUUCCAAGGAUCACUCAGUGGACAUGCAAUAGUCAACCUACUUUCAAAGUUUUGAAGACUACUAUCUUUGAUGUUUCCAAAGAUAAGGUAUAUCUGUUUGUUGUAAUUUGGUUUUUCAGUAGUUGUUUUUGUGUUGUUUUUCAUUAUUAUUAAUCUUCAUAAUUGAAAUUUUAAUUUUGGUGUUU